AGACUGCGCACAUCAUCAUGGGGAGUUAACGUUAAGGAGUGACAGACGAGCCGAUACUAAUGUCAGUGCUGUUUUAUAUUUUGUGAAUUCGUGCUAUUGUACGCACCACAGUGAGCCGUGUCAGAGGUCCGUGUAGUUGGAAGCCAUGCGGCGGAGUAAGGCUGAAGUGGACCGAUACGUCUCCUCGGUACAGAGUUCAUCUCCCUCACUCAAAGAGAAGCCAGUCAAAGGAUUUUUAUUUGCUAAAUUGUACUUUGAAGCAAAGGAAUAUGAACUUGCAAAAAAGCAUGUUUCAGAGUAUCUCAAAGUCCAAGAGAGGGAUCCCAAAGCACACAAGUUCCUUGGACAACUCUACGAGAGAGAGGGAGACAUCAACAAGGCAGUAGGAUGUUACAAGCGGUCAGUGGACUUGAACCCAGCCCAGAGGGACCUGGUGCUGAAGGUGGCUGAGCUGCUUGUCGGUAAGGAGGAAUGUGACAGCAGAGCAGAGUUUUGGGUGGAGAAAGCUGCAAAGCUGUUACCAGGGAACCCAGCAGUCUUCAACCUAAAGGAGCGUCUGUUGAGUCGUCAGGGUCAGCAGGGUUGGAACAGGUUGUUCGACCUCCUGCAGGCCGAGCUGGCUGCACGGCCGGGUGACGCCCACGUGAAUGUAAAGUUGGUUCAGCUGUUCUGUCAGGACGGUCGGCUGGAUGAGGCUGUUAAACAUUGUCUGACUGCUGAGAAAAGGGGCCUGCUGCGCCACAGCCUGGACUGGUACACUGUGGUGGUGCACACACUGCAGGAAUACCUGGCUCAACCCAGCAUCUCCAGCAAUGAAAAGAUGUGUCGCCGUCUCCAGAGAGAGCUGCUAUUGGCACACUGCAGCCUGCUGAGAAUCACACUGUCUGAGAGCAGUGUGCAGCCCAGCCUAGAUGCACUCAGAGGUUUUGACCAAGCUAUGCAGACGCUGAGCAGCGUUGCGGGCCACCACACAGAUGAUCUAGGUGAGGUGUUUGUGGAGAUGAGGGGUCACCUCUACCUGCAUUCUGCUACACUGCUGUUGAAACUGGCUCAAGAUCGCCAACACACCUGGAGGGCAGUCAUUGACCUGGCUGCACUGUGCUACCUACUAGCAUACCAGGUCCCCAGACCAAAGCCAAAAGUGACCAAAAGAGACCAGUCAGCCCCAUAUCUUCUGGAGCUGCUGGCCAAUGACCGACAGAGUCAGUCUGGGCACAUGUUGUUUAAUCUGAGCACUGAUUCUUCCGCCUUAAUCAGAGAGGUGGUGGAGGCAUUUGGGAACCGCAGUGGUCAGGACUCUCUGUUUGAACUCCUGUGGGGACCGCAGGCCUCCGCUGGGUCUUCCUUUAUCGCCAAUGAUGACAUUCAUUCCAUCACCUCCAUGGCUCCAGAGCUGUCUCAGCUGGCCAAGUGGGACACUGGCUCCAUCCUGCUGCACAGUGGUGAUUUGCAACAUCUGAGCUGGUUGGGGCUGCAGUGGACGCUUCUGACACAAAGACCAGCACUGCGAGAAUGGCUUCAGCAGCUAUUCCCAAGGCUUACGCUGGAAACCUCCAAACUAGACACCAACGCACCAGAGUCGAUCUGCCUGCUGGACCUGGAGGUGUUUUUAUAUGGUGUGGUGUUCUGCAGCCACUGCCAACUCCAGGAGACAGCAAAGAUCAGCAGUGGAGUGAACCAGCAGCAACAACAGCAGCUCUAUGAGCCUCGUUGCCUCCCGCUUCCUCUCCUCCGCCUCCUGACCACUGACAGGCAGAGGGAGUGGUGGGAUGCCAUCUAUAGCCUCAUUCACAAACGAGCAGCUCCUGGCAUGUCAGCCAAGCUGCGGAUGAUUGUGCAGCAUGGGCUGAACACUCUGAGGGCCAGGGAGAAACAUGGGCUUCAACCAGCGCUGGCCAUCCACUGGGCUCAGUGUCUCAGCCAGACGGGUGACGGAGUAAACUCAUACUACGACCAGAAGGAGUACAUCGGCCGCAGUGUCCACUACUGGAAAAUUGUCCUCCCACUGUUGGAGAAGAUCAAAAACAGACGAAGUAUACCAGAACCGCUCGAGCCGCUCUUUAUCCACUUCCCUUCCAAAGACAUUCAGAUUUCUUCUGUGAAAGGUUAUGAAGAGGAAGCCAGAAUAGCGUAUGCGGUUCUCCUCGACAUUGAAGGCAGAACCGAGGAGGCCAUCGCUACCUUGGAAACCAUCAAUAACAUGUCAUCCAUCUGGCAUUUAGCGCAGAUCUAUCAGCGGUUGUCAGAGGAGGCCAGCAAUGGAGUUGAAGAGACUCAAGAUAGGUGCAUCACCUUUCUGAGAAAGUUCAGGACCUACCUGUCUAAGAUCUACAGUGCCAAUGCAGAUGACAUUGAAAAGCUGCCUGUGUCCAUGGAGGAAGUCGUGGAUCGCCUUAAUGACGUAAACCAGCAGCUGGGAGAGAGUGGGGAGGCCAUGGAUGAAGAGAAUGAGAAGGAAGAGGAGGGACGAAGAGGACCAGCUCACUCCAGCCCUGCUCAUCCCACAGAAACAAGUGCAACCAUAUCGCACAUUAAGUUUUCCACUCCAUCUCCCAACAAAAGUAUCAUCUCUCCUUCCAAAAGACUAAUUUCUCCCAAGACACCACCUCACUGGGUGGAGGACCAGAAAAGUCUCCUUCAGAUGUUGUGCCAGCAAGUUGAAGCCCUCAAGAAUGAGGUUCACGAUCUGAGACAUAACUCAUCAGGAAAUGCAGGCUCUCCUCAUAAGAUGUAUGGAGAGAGCUACGGGGCCGAGGGCCUGCAAGAGCCAUUUACCCCAGUCCAGUCUUACCAUGGGGCCCCCCUAACAGUUGCUACCACAGGCCCCUCUGUGUUCUACAACCAGUCUACAGCUUAUAACUCUCAGUAUCUCUUGCGCACAGCAGCAAAUGUGACCCCUACCAAGGGUCCGAUGUAUAGUGUGAACCGUAUGCCACCUCAGCAGCAUAUGUAUGCCUACCAGCCGCCCACUCACACACCUCCGUUGCAAACAGCCCCAGCCUGCAUCUACCCUCCACAAGAGCAAGUCUUUGGUGCCCCUCUUCGGUUUGAAUCUCCAGCCACAAACCUUCUUUCUCCAUAUAGUGAAGAAUAUUAUGGCCAGAGUGUUACCCAGCAAACCACUAAUCCUCCUCUGCCUGAGCCUGGCUACUUCACCAAGCCAUCGGUUGUCCCUGUUCAGCCACCAAAGAGUGUUGAGGGGAAGCCUAUGGACUUUGGAAAGCUCUCCUUCAGCCAACAGGCCCCAGCUGAGGUCCCCAGAGUGCCUAGUUUUGGUGCAGGAGCAGUUGCCCAGUCAACACCUUCAACUGCUUUUAAAUUCAACUCCAACUUUAAAUCCAAUGAUGGAGAUUUCACUUUCUCAGCUUCCCAAGCCAAGCACAGUGAAAGUUUGCUUGGUCUUCUCACAUCAGACAUUCCCGCUAAAACAGAUGCUGUUUCAGAGAAGCAAGCUGCUCAGGAGCAACCCCCCAGCCAAACAGGCAUCUUCACCUUUGGCAAUAAAAAUAUUACUAGCUUUUCAUUUGUUGAUUCAGCACAGACCACAGCUUCUGGCAGUCUGUUUGGAAAAGUGGAGCAACCAUUUAAAUUUGGAGAUAUUACCAAGCCAGCAUUUGAGGUAGCCAAGCCAGUGGCAGAACAGGAAAGAGCAGCAGAGAGCGACAAUGACAGCACUCACAUCGAGGAGGAUGAAGAUGGGCCUCACUUUGAACCCAUUGUACCUCUUCCUGAUAAAGUAGAUGUGAAAACAGGUGAGGAAGAGGAGGAGGAAAUGUUUUGUAACAGGGCAAAGUUGUAUAGAUUUGACACCGAAACAAAAGAGUGGAAGGAACGGGGCAUUGGCAAUGUUAAAAUCCUAAAACAUAGCACUAAAGGGAAGGUCCGACUCUUAAUGAGAAGGGAACAAGUCCUUAAGAUCUGUGCAAACCACUACAUCACUGCUGAUAUGCUGCUGAAACCAAAUGCUGGCUCUGACAAAUCCUGGGUAUGGAAUGCCAUUGAUUAUGCAGAUGAGGAGCCGAAGCCUGAACAACUGGCCAUCCGUUUUAAAACCGUAGAUGAGGCAUCACUAUUUAAAGCUAAGUUUGAGGAAGCCCAGAAAAUUGUCCUCAAAUCACCAGAAGAGCACAAUCAACAGGAGAGGAAAGAGGAAAGCUUGAAAGAGUCUGAAUCUCUGGCAGCCCAGUUUGCACUUAAGGAAGGGGAAUGGGAGUGUGCUGUGUGCUGUGUAAGAAAUGCAUCCACAGAUAUGCGGUGUUUGGCGUGUCAAAGUCCCAAUCCAAAAUCUUCAUCAAAACCAGACAUUCAGCCUGCAGGUGAAACCAAAGCCAGUCCAUUUACUUUCAAAUUUGGUACAGAUUCAUCAAAGCCAAGUAGUUCUGGCUCUACGUUUACUGGAUUUGGAGCUUUUGGUGCGUCUGUACCCUCGUCAUUUACAUUUGGUAUCAGCUCCUCAAAACCUGCUGACACAGGAACCAGUGCAUUUGGUUGUGACUUUGGGGCUCAGUUUGCCAAGAAGCCAGGGCAGUGGAACUGUAAAACAUGUUCUGCAAGAAAUGAGGCCUCUGCAGGCAGUUGUGUUUCUUGCAAAGCUCUUAAAACAUCAACUGAAACAACUGCCACAGCACAAACGACACCAGCUGCAGAUGCACCUGUUGUACAGCCCUCGAUAUCUACUGUAGACACUGGGUUUGGUGCCCACUUUAGCAAGAAGCCUGGGCAGUGGGACUGCGAUGUAUGUGAAAUCAGAAAUGAAGCAUCUGUUAAUAAAUGUGUUGCCUGUAAAAGCCCGAACCCUGCUGCUAAAUCUACAGAGGGGGCUCCAGUAGCGUCAAACCUGUCAGCAGAGUCAGGACUGGGGGCUUUUGCUAAGAAAGAUGGGCAGUGGGACUGCAACACCUGCCUUGUUAGAAAUGAUGCAUCAGCUGCUGAAUGUGUUUCCUGUCAUGCACCAAAUGAGAACCCUUCUUUAGAAGCCAUGUUUGCCAAGAAGGAUGGAGAAUGGGAUUGUGACAUUUGUCUGGUGAGAAAUGAUGCUUCUGCUAACAAAUGUGCAGCCUGUCAGACCCCAAAUCCUAAUGCUAAAAGCACAAGCAACACUGCACCCUCUCCCUCAAGCUUCAGCUUUGUCUUUGGAACCAAGAGUUCAUCAAGUCAGUCUGCUGGAACUGGAUUUACCAUGCCUUUUGUAAGUGGCAGUACCUUUCAGUUUGGUGAAAAUAAAGAUAAAAAUUCAGCUGCUUCUUUCAAGUUUGAAGCUUCUCAGUCGGGAUCAAGUACCGCUGCUUCUUCAGGCUUCUCUUUCUCCAUGCCCAAUCCAGCAGGUGGCUUUAAGUUUGGCAUUCAGGAACCUGCUCAAGAAUCCCCCUCAAAUGAUAAUCAAACACCACCAGGGCCAGCCUCUAGUUUUCUUAAAAGCAUAGCUGACAAACACAAGGAGGAAAAAAGUUUCUCUGCUCCUUCAGUGGGCCAAACAGAUCAAGAUCAAAAUCCACUAGUUGCUGGAAAAACCAAUACUUUCAGUUUUGCAGAUUUGGCAAAAUCUUCUGGUGGGGAUUUCCAGUUUGGUGAGAAAGACCCAGAUUUCAAAGGUUUCUCUAGAGCUGGUGAGCAGGUGUUCUCAUCGUUCCAGGCAACCCCCACCAAGGCAGAAGCUUCAAAUGAGCUGGAGGACGACGACAUGUAUAAAACAGAGGAAAGUGAUGACAUCCAGUUUGAACCGGUGGUUCAGAUGCCUGAGAAGGUGGACUUGGUGACGGGGGAGGAGGAUGAACAGGUUCUUUAUUCUCAGCGUGUCAAACUGUUCAGAUUUGACUCCAACACCAGUCAGUGGAAAGAGCGUGGUGUGGGAACCCUCAAAUUCCUAAAAAACAAUUCUAAUGGUAGGCUAAGGGUGCUGAUGAGAAGAGAACAAGUUCUGAAAGUGUGUGCCAACCACUGGAUCACCACUACUAUGAACCUUAAGCCCCUGGCAGGCUCAGACAAAGCAUGGAUUUGGAUGGCCAAUGAUUUCUCUGAUGGAGAUGCUAAACUUGAACAGUUGGCUGCAAAGUUUAAAAGCCCUGAGCUUGCAGAGGAGUUCAAAGAAAAGUUUGAAGAGUGUCAAAGGCUUCUCUUGGAUAUCCCCCUGCAAACCCCUCACAAGCUGGUUGACACAGGCAGAACAGCACAUCUCAUUCAGAAAGCAGAGGAAAUGAAGUCUGGUCUGAAAGACCUGAAGUCCUUUUUAACAGAUGAGAAAACAAAGAUCAAAGAUGAUGACACCCAGGGAGACAUUACAACGUCCAGUGAUGUUUCAAGUCUUGUAAUCAAGCCUCAUGGUGAAACUACUGGCCCCACUUUGGAGUGGGAUAACUACGACUUAAGAGAAGAAGCUUUAGACGACACUGCUAACUCAUCAGUCUAUGCCUCGCCCCUUGCCAGUAGCCCCCUUAGGAAGAACCUUUUCCGCUUUGGGGAAUCCACUGGUGGGUUCAGCUUCAGCUUCCAGCCUGGAAUCAGCCCCGCCAAGUCUCCCUCAAAACUUAACCAGAGCAGAGCUUCAGUGGGCACUGAUGACGAGCAGGAUGUAAGCCAGGAUGAAGAGCGGGAUGGCCAAUACUUUGAACCUGUAGUCCCCUUGCCUGACUUGGUGGAUAUUUCUACAGGAGAGGAAAAUGAACAGGUGGUCUUCAGUCACAGAGCAAAACUGUAUCGUUAUGAUAAAGAACUGACACAGUGGAAGGAGAGAGGUAUUGGAGACCUCAAGAUCUUGCAGAAUUAUGAAACCAAACGAGUGAGGUUGAUAAUGAGGAGAGACCAGGUUCUUAAGAUCUGUGCAAACCACUGGAUCACAGCAGCCAUGAAGCUGGAACCUAUGAAGGGGGCAGAAAAGGCCUGGGUCUGGAGUGCUAUGGACUUUGCUGAAGAAGGGAAGGGCAAUAUUGAGCAACUGGCUGUGAGAUUCAAACUGCAAGACACUGCAAAUACAUUCAAGGAGGUCUUUGAAGAGGCCAAGAUUGCACAGGACAAGAAGGAACUCAUGAAUCCAGUGACAUCCAGAGUUCCUGCACCACAAGACGGUGGAACUGCAGGCUCUGCAACAAUUGCUGCGACUGUAUGUGGGAAGGCAGCCAUAGCUGUUCUGGAAGAGACCACAAAAGAACGUACAGAGCUUUCUCCUGACUCUAGGCCAUGUGCAGCUGGGUCUCAGAGUCCAGUCAAUCCUACAAAGGCCGUGGUAUCUCCCCCUAAGUUUGUCUUUGGGACUGAUAGCCUUCAGAAGAUUUUUGGCACUCCUAAAUCUCCCUCUGAAAGUGAUGGAUCCGCAUCUGUUUUGAAAGCCAAAGAUUCUGGACGUCAUGCCACAGCUUCGCCUGCAGCUCCUGCAUUCAAAAUCCCAGAUAAAGGGCUGGAUUUUAGGCUUUUCAAAGAUAACCCAAUGGCUUUUUGGACCAGCACAUCAACCACCCAAUUUGAACCCCAAGGGCCCCCUCAGGCAGAAGGAAACAGUGCAGGGUCGGAUGAGGACUCUGAGGUGGAGAUUGUGUAUGUCAGGGAGCCCACUGCUGAGCAGGCAGCUUUAGCCAGGAAACUCCUGCUGCCUCUCACCUUCUUCUGCUACCAGAAUGAACCAGGCUACACCAGCGACGAUCAAACUGAUGAUGAGGACUUCGAGUCAGCAGUGGCAGCGUUGAAUGGAAAGCUCUACCCUGAUCCUCCUGAGAAAAAGGCUGCAGCUUGUGCUGAUGAGCCAGACUGCCAGGUGGUAUGGGAGAAGAAGCCAACGCCAGAGGAGGAGGAGAAGGCCAAACGUCUCCAGCUUCCUCCCACUUUCUUCUGCGGUCUGAGCACCACAGACAGUGACCCGGAUCACGACAAGCCUGAAGACUUUGAGACAGAAGUCCGCAAAGCACAGGAAGUCCUGGUAGCCCAGUUAAACCAAGCUGAACAGGCCUCCAGCAGUCCUGCUGAGGCCGCAGCGGAGCCAACACCUGGCCUGUCAUCCAGCAGUGUGGAGGCUGCAGGCAGCACAUCAGCACGGGAUGAACAGACCUCAGACCAGCCAGCAGAGACUCAGAGUGAAGCCCAUAGCAGCAGCUCUCCUAUUGAUUUAUCGACCAAGAAGAGCUCAGAGCCGGAGAGCAACACUGAGACUGACGCUGCAGCUUCUACUGCUACAACUACUAGCCAAGACUCCACCUUUGGCUUCAACUCAUUGGGAGGUUUCUCUUUUGCCGACUUGGCCAAAAACACCGAAGGAUUUGCAUUUGGAACAAAUGACUCCAAUUUCUCAUGGGCAAAUGCUGGAGCAACAGUAUUUGGGUCUGUAGGGCCCUCUGCACCGAAAAACACUGCUGAUGAGGAGGGAAGUGAUGAAGAAGAGGCUUCUAAUAAUGUGGACAUUCACUUUGAGCCUAUAGUCUCCCUACCAGAGGUGGAGACAAAGUCUGGGGAAGAGGAUGAGGAAAUCUUAUUUAAAGAGCGCGCUAAGCUGUACCGAUGGGACCGAGACCUCGGCCAGUGGAAGGAACGCGGCAUCGGUGACCUCAAGAUCCUCUUCCACCCGACCAAACAUUUCUACCGAAUCCUAAUGAGAAGAGAGCAGGUGCUGAGGGUUUGUGCCAACCACACAAUCUCCCCGGCAAUGGAGCUUAAACCCAUGAAUGCCUCAGCUAACGCACUGCUCUGGACCGCCACUGACUACUCAGACGGUGAUGGUGUUGUGGAGCAGCUCGCGGCCAAGUUCAAGACCCCUGAGAUAGCUGAAACCUUCAAGAAGACCUUCUGCGAGUGUCAGAGCCGCGUAGGUCAAAGUGGUGACGACGCCUCAUGCAUCUCCUCGCCACAGAUGUCCAGAGUUCAAGAGCACUCCAGAGACACUAACCCACAGGUGUUCCUCACAGUGGCAGCUGACGGCCAACCGCUGGGCACAGUCACUAUAGAGCUCUUCUCCCAUAUUGUCCCCAAGACCACAGAGAACUUCAGGGCUCUCUGUACCGGCGAGAAAGGCUUCGGGUUGAAGGACUCAAUCUUCCACCGGGUCAUACCAGAUUUCAUGUGUCAGGGUGGUGACAUCACUAACAGCGAUGGCACAGGAGGUAAAUCCAUCUACGGCAGCCAGUUCGAGGAUGAGAACUUUGAUGUUCGGCACACAGGCCCAGGCAUUCUGUCGAUGGCUAACCGCGGACGAGAUACCAACAACUCGCAGUUUUUCAUAACGCUGAAGAAAGCCGAACACCUCGACUUCAAACACGUGGCUUUCGGCUGGGUCCGGGACGGCAUGGAAGUGGUGCAGCAGAUGGGAGAGCUGGGCACAAAGGGAGGCCUUCCGUCCAAAAAGUUUGUCAUCACAGACUGUGGACAGCUGUAGCUUUUUAAAUAUUCAGAUCAAGAUUCACAGCUUGGUUUAGGUUAUUAAGGUAACAAAGACAUUGACAACUGUGUGUUCCCUGUGCAGUGCAUUUCCUCCUGCUACAACUGAAUCCUUAGUCAUUAGCUACUGAUCAUAGGACUGCUGGUCAAGAUCCUUUAUCACGGAAACUUGUCCCCCAUAUCCUGGAUUUUAAAAUGAUUUUGCGGUCCUAUAAUUUUGUCACCAAUGGGGAAUGUGGGGUAGUACAAUAUAGGAGGAGGCUUUUGGAGCAAAUGUAUACUUUUGCACUUCCAUCUUUAUCACCUGUCAAUAAAUUCUCAUAAUAUGUUUAUGUGUGUAUAAUUGUACAUGAACUACUUUUUUAAUGUUUGUUUUUGUUCUUUUGUUUUGCAUGUGCUCAGUUUAAAUGUGCCGAUCCUCCUCACAAGCUCCACUCUGGUUAAUUUGUCCCUUUUUGAAAAAGUCUUAAUUAUAACUGAAAGGUGAAGUUGCUAUUUGAAUGCACCUAUUGGUUUGUAACCAUGCCCCUGCCUUCUCUAAAUGCCUCUGUGUAACUUUUACGGUAGGGCACCCCCAGUGUUUUUUCCUUAGGAAAAUGGAUUUCACAAUGCAGAUAAUUGGACUUCAUAUUUUCCCACAUAAACUGAUGUCAUUCGACUGUGUUGCCUCGCGGGUGGCUAUGUGAUGACAUUACAUCUGGUUUGGAUAUUACAAAGGAGAUCCACAUGUAUAGUUUAAGAUUCACAGUAAGAGUUGAAAUGGUGCUUAUGGUACCAAAAUAAUAUGCUGAUCUAUGAGAAAUAAAGUUGCUUUCCAAGUAA